UGAGAAGUUGGUGAAGAGCCUGUUCAGCAUGGCCCGGGAGCACAAGCCUUCCAUCAUCUUCAUUGACGAAAUCGACUCCCUGUGUGGCUCACGCAGCGAGAACGAGAGCGAAGCUGCGCGCCGCAUAAAGACAGAGUUCCUUGUCCAGAUGCAAGGUGUUGGGAAUGACAAUGAAGGUAUUCUUGUGCUUGGAGCUACCAAUAUCCCCUGGACUCUUGACUCUGCUAUAAGAAGAAGAUUUGAGAAGCGCAUCUACAUCCCUUUGCCGGAAGAAAAUGCUCGCUCCACAAUGUUCAAGCUUCACCUGGGCUCUACGCCUAAUGAGCUGAAUGAGGAGGACUUCAAGACCCUGGGCAAUAAGUCGGACGGCUACUCUGGCGCUGACAUCAGCAUUGUGGUCCGAGACGCGCUCAUGCAACCUGUUCGCAAGGUGCAGUCAGCCACUCACUUCAAACGGGUAAGCAAAAAGGUUAAAGGCAUCAUUGUUUAAAUACGGCACCUAACAUGGACUAGUCUAAAUACUGCACCUAACAUGGGCUAGUCUAAAUACUGCCCCUGACAUGGGUUAGUCUAAACGCUGCGCUGUACAUAGGUGAAUCUGUAUUGGACUUCCCACACAAGUCUUCUUCAUAGGUACAGUAUGUUAUAGUACACAGUCCUGCUAAGGUUCUGU